GACGCCGGCCGAAGACUCCGGAGUUCGCGGUCUCGCUCGUUUGCUCUCUCCGUCGCUUUUCCUCGCCGAAUUUCUCGACUGUAGGUCGUAGCCGAGCAGGUACACAGUCGUCGGUUUUACGAAUCCCCGGUCGUUUGGAAAACUGUUGCGCUUACCCCGCCGGCCACUGGAAUAGUUCAAAAUGAGUGGAUCUGGUAAAAGUCUCCUUGGUCUAUGGCUUUACCGAACUGGAGAAGAUUGGACUCUGAGAGAGUCAACUCAAACAACUUCGAGAUCUGCCGUGAGUGGACGACCAGAUUCGACAAGAUUCGAUUCAAGGAACUCUGUAAUAUUUUCAUUGAAAAAUCAGGUCGGUGGGCUUGCUCGAGCGCUUCAGGUUUUUCAAGAUUUAGGUGUAAAUGUUUUGCACAUUGAAUCUAGACCUUCCCGCCGUAGAAAAUCAGAAUUUGAAAUUCUGGUAGACGUAGAAUGUGACAAUAAAAAAAUGGAGCAGUUAACCGGAAUGUUGAAGCGUGAGGUUGCAGCUAUAAAUUUAGCAACGUUUGAGAGUGGUGCCGAAGUACCACCUCCUACUCCGAUGUCAGCGACUGCUAGUUUUGAUUUCUCAGAGUUUGAGCUUCCGUGGUUUCCUAAAAAAAUUUCUGAUUUGGAUAGAGCUCAACGAGUGUUAAUGUAUGGGACAGAGUUAGAUGCUGACCAUCCGGGAUUUAAAGAUCCAGUGUAUCGGAAAAGACGCGUAGAAUUUGCAAACAUAGCGAACUCUUAUAAAUAUGGACAUCCAAUACCAAGAGUUCAGUACACUCCGGAAGAAAUCAAGACUUGGGGUACCGUGAUGCGUGAACUCCACAAAUUGUACGUGAAGCACGCGUGCAGGGAAUACCUGGAGAACUGGCCAGAACUGGUAAAGUACUGCGGUUACCGAGAAGACAACAUUCCACAGUUACAAGACGUAAAUACAUUUUUGAAACGCAAAACUGGUUUUCAAUUGCGACCGGUUGCCGGUUACUUAUCUCCCAGGGACUUCUUAUCAGGACUAGCUUUUCGCGUAUUUCAUUGUACACAGUAUAUCCGGCAUUCUUCAGACCCAUUCUACACACCGGAACCCGAUUGUUGCCACGAGCUAUUAGGCCACAUGCCACUUUUAGCCAAUCCAAUGUUCGCCCAAUUUUCACAAGAACUAGGACUCAACUCGUUGGGUGCCAGUGAUGCAGACAUUGAGAAGUUAGCAACGCUAUACUUUUUCACUGUGGAAUUCGGAAUGUGUAAACAAGACGGUGAACUGAAAGUUUAUGGAGCUGGGUUGUUAAGCUCGGUGGCGGAGUUACGACAUGCGAUUGAAACCAACGAUAAAAUACAGCGAUUCGAUCCUGAAGUUACGUGUCACCAAGAAUGCAUUAUAACAUCGUACCAAAACGCAUACUAUUAUAGUGAGACAUUUGAAGAAGCUAAGGAAAAAAUGAGAGAAUUUGCCGAUAGCAUUCAAAAGCCAUUUGGCGUACGUUACAAUCCUUACACGCAGAGCGUGGAAAUUUUGAGCAAUACAGACAAGAUUGUGGCUUUAGUGUCAGAACUCAGAGGUGACUUAUGUAUCGUAAGCAACGCGUUAAGGAAAAUACACGCCGAAGACGAAGCAGUCGAGAACAUCAAUAACAUGUUGCAUAAAGGAAUGAACGUGAGCGGAGUAUCGCCGGAAAAGUCUCCAGAGAAGUAAAGGAGCCUUUAAAGGUUUUGAACGAUCGUACAUUUAUUAUAAUAUGAAAUAACUAGUUAUUUAUUAAACAAUUUUAAUCAUUAUGAGAUAUUAUAUUAUAAUUAUGUUAAUGUAGAAUUUAAUAGCCAGCAAUUAGAAAUGUUAAAUUAGUUUUAAGGAUGUUUUAUUAUUAUUACAUUAGUCGAUUGUAGAUUUUUGUCCUAGACAUAAAGUAUUUAUGAUGCGUUAAUAUUGAUAUUAUCAUAAACGACAUGAACAGAUCACGCUGUGUGUGUAUUUUCAUUAACUGAAUUUUUAUUAGAUUAUUAUUAUGCAGUAGUUUUCUCGCUAUAUUCUUAGCUGUAGACAUGUAAACAAAACGCGUAACAAUGUAAAAACUUACUGUCUUUUAGAAAAGAUAAAAAAAAAAUGAAAAAUUUGUAGUGAGUAGUCGUUUCUCGUAUUAAAUGUAUUCCUUUGUAUUUUAUAUUAUGUUAUCUAUAUAAGUUGCUCUAUAAUGUAUUAUUAGUUGUUUAGGUACUUACCAAUUAAUUCGAUUAGCUCGUUGUUAAUAACUUAGUUAGAUUUAAACAAUAUAGAAAAUUAAUGAACUAUAUUAUAUUUAUAUAUUCUUGCAAGUAGAUAUAAAAAAAUAUUAAAACAAUUAUCAGUCAAUACCAGAUAAAUAUAAUAGAAUUGAGUAAUAUUGAUUUUUGUUUACAAUAAUAGUUGUUAGGUUAUGUUUUAAGUUAAAUGUUAAACAUCAAGUUAUGAGAUUAUUUAUUAAAUUAGAAAUGCUUUGUUCCGUGAAUUUCUUUUUUAUAUAACAUAAUAUACAGGGUGACCCGUGAAGAUUUACUCAUUGUGAUAUGUCUUGAAAUAAUAGAGAUAUCUGGAGGGUAAACUGUGAGUUGGAAGUACGUGUACAAAAAAUACUUUGGAAGUACGUGGAACUAUAAGGAAGUAUAACGAAGUACGAGGAAUUACGUGGAAGUUAGCAUAGUUGGAAUCUUGGUGUACAAAAUAUUGACUAAUGGUUUACCCUCCAGAGAAAUCAUAAUUUUGUUUAUUGUUUGCUGGUACAAGAACUUCUAGUAUUUUAUAUUUUAAUUAUUUUUAAAAAAAUCGAAAAUUUUGUAGUUUAUUUUUCUGAAUAUUUUAACGUUUUAACAUUUUAUUUCCAUUAUUAUCGUAAUUUUGUAAUGUUUUAAUUUUUUUUUAAAGUUUUAAAAAUAAUCAACAAGCCCACGGGACACAUGUUCGAUAUCACUGGUGCUAUGAUAUUAAAUAAUUUAUUAUUUUACUCGAAACUAGAAAAGGUAUUAAAAACCAUGAAAUUAAUGAUAGUAAAAUGUCUGUCAUAAAUUAUUUUAAAAAUAAUUAAAAUAUAAAACACUAUAGUAGUUCUUGUCCCCGCAAGUCUCAUAAAAAGAAAAAAAGAAUUAUGAUACCUCCAUUAUUUCAGGUAAUAUCGCAAUGGGCAAAUACACGCGGGACACUACUUUAUAUAAAUAUUUAAAUUUAUUUGGAAUAUUUAUAAAUUUCCUAUAUUGUACUAAAAUGUAUGUACCUAUAAGUACCUAAUAUUAGAAAACUACAUAUAUAACAUAAAAAAAUCACUAUAAUGUAACAAUAUAGUAUUAAGGCGAAAAAACUACGGCUUAAAGUUUUUCCGUUUAGAAAAAAAAAUUAUAUUUGUAGUAGUGAUUUGAAAUACAACGAAUUUAUGACUUAAUUAUUUAUUGCCUACAUAGGUAGUUGUUAUAAAUUUUAUUAUUAAUUAUUAACUUAUGCCGGCGCGUUGUAUAGGCAAUUUCGGUACAUUAGUGUGUAUAUUUUACUACGAUGGUAUUCGUUGGGUCAUAAUAAUAUUACGAAUUUAAACGGAAAGUAUUUUAAUCGUCAUUAGUUCGACUAACGAAAAUUUGUUUAGUAAUUAUAGUGAUUGUUUAAAGUCAUUAUUUUUUUACAGAUAUUAUUAUUAUUAUUAUUAUUUUUUUUUUUUGAAUAAUUUAUCAAUAUGCAUACCUAUUAAUAAUAAGCAAUUAUUUAUUCAUAUUAUAAUUAUUACACUAUAGAUUAUAUAAUUGUUGAAAACCUC